GACGUCCAUGCCGAGGCAGGUGAAGAACAUGUCUGGUGCAGCAGCGAUGUUCGUGUUCUUAUUGCCGGGGAUUCCAAUGUCCAUCGUUUGAAGUCUGCAUGUCCUCCAAAUGCAAGGAUUGACUUUCUGCCCGUAUCUGGUGCAAAGUAUGUGUCUGACCGGAAGGGCUUUAGAAAGCUGCUGCAUCAAGAGCUGAUGUCAGGUUGUUACGACAUAUUGUACCUGCAUCUUGGCUCUAACAAUGUUUGCUGCAAGGAUAGCGAUUUCUACCGUUGUGUGACUGAGAUCCUUGAUGUUGUAUUCAGUGUGUGCACUGAAAUACACGUGGUGCUUUGCGUGAUUCUUCCACGUGAUUUUGAUGUGAGAAUGUUUCCCCGAUGGCCACUCUCAGGGGCACAGUUGAGGAACUACUGCCAGUGGAUAAGGAGCGCAAACAGCAUGCUGUGGGAACUGAGUCACCAUGUGCCUUCUGUGAGAUACAUGGACUAUGGAGCAACUAAACAGAAGUCCCUGUACUUGUCCCAUGAUGGACUACAUCUGAGUGCUGAAGGGGCUAGGAGGUGUUUAGCAUCCAUACAGGACGACCUGCCAAACCAGCUGUGUGUGGAGGCUGCUGUUCAAGAUCCUACAGAAUGGCCAGCUCUCUCAGCCACGGAAGUACCGGUUCAGGAGCAUGACAGCACCAUAGCACUCUUUUCGGAUAUUGUGCAGACUGGAGCUCAACCAGAGAUUCAAGACAAGGUGGAUGCAAGUGAAGUACCAGUUCCCAGGGACAUUAAGCCUCAGACACAUAAAAUAACGGUUGUCACAGCCAGAGCUAAGAGGUCUGCAACCAGAAAUGUCAAAAGAUAUGGAAAGAAGUUGGCAAAGAAAUGCCACACAAGGUCAUGCUGCAGUGGAUUUGUUUACCUUGACAUUACUGAAGAUGUGGCUGUUUUCCUGCCUGCAUACAAGUUGAAUGGCUUAUGCUUGGAAGAUGAAAUCAACGUGCCAUCCAACAUCCAUUGCCACCGAGACACUGAAGAGACGCCCCAACAAGAUGACAACGCCGCAAAUGAAGAUCAAGUCAAUGUGCCAUCCCACUUCUUUUUCCAACGAGACACUGACGAGACGCCCCAACAAGAUGUAGACACUUCACAGCUUCUUCUUAUUCUUUCAAAUGACGUUGAACUUAACCCUGGACCGAUAUUCCAGACAAUACCGGUCCCUGUGGAAGCGGUUGGCUCAAGCGAGAAGAUGACGAUAAUUACAGUGAAAAUGGACUGACCAUACACGAAAGACAAAGGACAUUAAAUAUUUACACAAAUUUUGCACCUGUAAAAUGUGACAUUCAUAUACGUGAAUGCUAUAAUUCAAUUAGUAAGCCAUGCAGAAUUCUUUGGGAUGAAGGGGACUUAGAUUGUUUACAUGUAUUAAGUAGGGAUACAGCAGCAGGAGAUGAAAUAGGGUGGGAAUUUGUAUCUAUGGUUAUGAAUUCUAGUUGCACUUUUUCCUCUUACUGCCAGUUUAAAAAUGAGAUGUAUAAAACUCGCCACAAUAAGGCUAGGUUUAUGGAUCAAACAGUUUUUUUUUAUUUUUGGUUCAGUUGGGCUUCAAACAUGAAAAUAGAUUUCCAUAUACCCUGUGGUGUAUGUGGUUAUGGUCCUAAGAGAUUGUGCUGUGAUGGUACAAAAGUAGGGGUUGGAUUUCGGAAUUCAAAUUAUGAGGAAAUUACAGAAACAAACCAUGCUUUGGGCAUUAAUAAUACGCUGCAUCGUAGAAUGGAUAGAUGUUUUUUUGAAAAUUUGAAUGGAAUUGACAAGAAAUGAUUAACCUUCGAACUUCUUUAGAUUACAUUGCUCGGAAAGAACUGAAUGAAAUUAAAGAGAAUGAAAUUAUUCCAGAGAGGGAUUUAUUGGACCGUAUCGAGUUGUUAAAACAAGCACUGCCCUCUGAAGUUUUGGGUUCCUUCGAAUAAUUUUAUCAAAUGAGUGAUAAUGAACGAGUUGCAUAUUCAAAUGUUUUAAAAAUGCUAGCCACAACAGCGUCCAUUACAAGCCUUGUACCCCCUGCAUAUUGUUACAAAAUUCAACUAUUAUUAAAUAGCCCCAAUAUUGAAAAUGAUCGAUUUAAUAGUAUUGUUAAUGAAACUCGUUCGUUUGCACCUGAACUAAGAGAUUUAAUUUGCGAGUCUUUAAUAAGCAACAAUGAAAUAUUGCCUGAUGACAUUAGAUUAUUUUUGCAAUAUCUAAUUAAUGAAUCAAUGUCAUUGCAAGUUACUGAACCAGAACCACCUGUACCUCAACUGGGCACAUACAAUCCUGAAAAGUUUGGAAGGGCCUAUUAUUUUUAGCUCAUCUAUUUUUUGAAAAAAAAAUAUGAGCUAUUGUCAUCACCUUGGCGUCGGCGUCGGCGUCCGGUUAAGUUUUGCGUUUAGGUCCACUUUUCUCAGAAAGUAUCAAUGCUAUUGCAUUCAAACUUGGUACACUUACUUACUAUCAUGAGGGGACUGGGCAGGCAAAGUUAGAUAACUCUGGCGUGCAUUUUGACAGAAUUAUGUGCCCUUUUUAUACUUAAAAAAUUGAAAAUUUUGGUUAAGUUUUGCGUUUAGUUCCACUUUUCUCAGUAAGUAUCAAUGCUAUUGCAUUCAAACUUGGUACACUUACUUACUAUCAUGAGGGGACUGGGCAGGCAAAGUUAGAUAACUCUGGCAUGCAUUUUGACAGAAUUAUGUGCCCUUUUUAUACUUAGAAAAUUGACAAUUUUGGUUAAGUUUUGUGUUUAGGUCCAUUUUAUUCCUUAAGCAUCAAAGCUAUUGCUUUCAUACUUGCAACACUUACUAACUAUCAUAAGGGGACUGUGCAGGCAAAGUAAUGUAACUCUGACUGGCAUUUUGACAGAAUUAUGUGCCCUUUUUAUACUUAGAAAAUUGAAAAUUUGAUUAAGUUUUGUGUUUAGGUCCACUUUAUUCCUACAGUAUCAAAGCUAUUGCUUUCAUACUUGCAAGAUUUAUGAACUAUCAUAAGGGGACGGUGCAGGCAAAGUUAUGUAACUCUGACUGGCAUUUGGACGGAAUUAUGGGCCCUUUAUACUUAGAAAAUUGAAAAUUUGGUUAAGAUUUAUGUUUUGGUCCACUUUACCCCUAAAGUAUCAUAGAUAUUGCUUUCAUACUUGGAACACUCACAAACUAUCAUAAGGGUACAGUAAAAGGACAAGUUGCAUAACUCUGGUUGUCAUUGUUACGGAAUUAUGGCCCUUUUUUGACUUAGUAACUUUUAAUAUAUGGUUAAUUUUUGUGUUUCGAUCCACUCGAAGUAUCAAGGCUAUUGCUUUCAAACUUCAAAUACUUACAUGCUAUCAUGAGGUUACUGUACCUGGCAACUUGAAUUUUACUUUGACCUUUGAAUGACCUUGACUCUCAAGGUCAAAUUAUUAAAUUUUGCUAAAAUUGCCAUAACUUCUUUAUUUAUGAUUAGAUUUGAUUGAUACUUUGAUGAAACUACUCUUACCUGACAUACCACAAUAGACUUCACCCAAACC